AUGUUCAAUUACUAUAUUUAUCUUUUAUUGUCUUUGUUUAUUAUUUGUUGGUUUUUCUUGUUUCUUAUUAGGAUAUAUUUGAUUUACUACAUUUUGUUUAUUCUAUUUUCAUUUUAUCAAGUAUUUUCUGUUUUGAUAUCUUUAGAAUCUAUUAUAUUUCUUAUUUGUACUUUAUUUUUGUGUCUUGUGUUAUUAUUAUUAUUUCAUGUUUUGAUACAAUUUGUUCAUCAAAUCCUUUAUUUCUUUAUAUUUCUUUUGUUAUGCUCCAGUCAAUUCUGCAUAUUUUUAUAUGGUUUAAGUAUCAAUAAAAUGAAUGUAAAUGGUAGUAUUUCAUAA